AUGUCGCCCAAAGAUAAAUCGAAAAAAUUGUCCGGUAUGGAUUUUAAUGUGCUACUUGUUGCGAUUAAACAUUGUUCUGUCGAUAAGCUGUCCAUAAAAUCGACUGCCGCAAUGUAUGCCAUUUCCCGAACCACUCUUCAACGCUACGUGAAGAAAGUGGAAGAACAUUUCGAAGACAUCGAAACCGUCGAGGAUGAUGCUUUAUUGGAUUUUCUUCGAGCAUGUAACAAGCACGUGCCAUCGAAUCAGGUCUUCUCGACAGCCCAGGAGAAUGACUUGGUCACAUACAUUUUGAAAUGUUCCAAUCACUACUACGGACUUAGCAUAAAUGAGGUGCGUGAGUUGGCAUACCAGUUUGCUGUGAAGCUUGGCGUUGAUUUCCCCAACAGUUGGAACAAGGAUGAAAAAGCGGGCAUGGAAUGGUAUAAAAAAUUCAGGCGUCGACACCCUCAAUUGACUUUACGCACCCCGGAGCAAACAUCGUUGAACCGCGUAAAGGCUUUCUGCACAACUAAGGUGCAGAAGUUUUUCGACCAACUCGGCGCGAUGUACGAUGAGCAUCAUUUUCCGGCUACGCACGUCUAUAAUAUGGACGAGUCGGGGUUUUCUACCGUUCCAACGAAAAUUGGCCGAGUGAUCACCUUGAAGGGCACACGGCGUGUUGGUAAGGUGGAAGCCGCUGAACGAGGCACCAUGAUUACCAUGGCAUUGACAGUCGACGCUAAUGGAAACAGUUUGCCGCCGUUUUUCUUGUAUCCAAGGAAAAACAUGCAAAGCUGCUACCUAGAUAAUGCCACUUCGGGUACGGAUGCUUUGGCAAACGGCUCUGGAUGGAUGGAUCAGCCGUCAUUCCUUCGCUACAUGCGGCAUUUUAUCGCGUUUGCCAAGCCAACGCCAGCUUCUCCUGUUUUGCUGCUCCUGGAUAAUCACUCCAGCCAUCUGUCGGUAGAAGCACUAGACCUUGCCGUCGAGAAUGGCGUGCAUAUUCUUUCAUUUCCACCGCAUUGCAGCCACCGGCUUCAGCCUUUGGAUGUUUCUGUGUUUGGACCGGUGAAGACUUUUUACAAGUUACAGUGUUCGGCUUGGCAAAAGAACAAUGCCAAUAAGGGCUUGGAAAUCCGUCACCUGGCCAGCUUGAUCUGCAAAGCGCUUGAUCUGGCGUUAACACCAAAGACAAUCAAGUCUGGUUUCCGCGCAACAGGCAUCAUGCCAUUCGACCCAGACAUUUUCAGUGAAGCUGAUUACGUUAAAGACGUCGGACAAACUCCAGUGCCAUCUACUUCGACUUCGCGUGCAACGUCAGUGAGCAAUCUUUCGAUUUUGGAUGACGUCGGUCCAUUGCGCGGUGCGACGCCGAAGAAGCCAUUGAAUCGCGGCCGCAAACCAAUGGAGAGCUCGAUACUGACUUCUCCGGACGUUCUUUCUGGCUUCAAGAGGAAAGAAGCUGAGCGGAAUGCUAAACAAGCAGCAAAAGAAUCGACAGCAUCUAAGCGCGCCAAAUUAACUCCAGGCAAGCGCACCAAUCCAACUUCAUAA